CAUCAUAAAACACUUGAAAAUGAGAGAAGUUAUAUCUAUUCACGUAGGACAAGGAGGCAUUUAAGUAGGAAAUGCAUGUUGGGAAUUGUUUUGUCUUGAACAUGGAAUUCAACCUGAUGGAUAAAUGCCAUCAGAUAAAACAAUAGGAGGAGGAGAUGAUGCUUUCAAUACCUUUUUUUCAGAAACUGGAGCAGGAAAACAUGUUCCAAGAUCUGUUUUUUUGGAUUUAGAACCCACAGUAAUAGAUGAAGUCAGAACUGGUACUUAUAGACAAUUAUUCCAUCCCGAGUAAUUGAUUUCAGGGAAGGAAGACGCUGCAAAUAACUUUGCAAGAGGACAUUAUACAAUUGGAAAAGAAAUUGUUGAUUUGUGUUUAGACAGGAUUCGAAAAUUGGCUGAUAAUUGCACUGGUCUAUAGGGAUUCUUAGUAUUUCACACAGUUGGAGGAGGAACUGGAUCUGGACUUGGUUCAUUGUUAUUAGAAAGAUUAUCAGUUGACUAUGGGAAAAAAUCAAAAUUAGGAUUUACUAUUUAUCCAUCACCCCAAAUAUCAACAGCUGUUGUCGAGCCUUACAAUUCAAUUUUAUCAACACAUUCUUUGUUGGAGCAUACAGAUGUAUGCGUUAUGUUAGAUAAUGAGGCUAUAUAUGAUAUUUGCAGAAGAAAUUUAGAUAUUGAAAGACCAACAUACACAAAUUUAAACAGGUUGAUUGCCUAAGUUAUCUCAUCUUUGACUGCAUCUUUAAGAUUUGAUGGGGCUUUAAAUGUUGAUAUUACAGAAUUUUAGACAAAUUUGGUUCCUUAUCCAAGAAUUCAUUUUAUGCUUUGUUCUUAUGCGCCUAUCAUCUCUGCUGAAAAAGCAUAUCAUGAAUAACUAUCAGUUGCGGAAAUUACAAAUUCAGCAUUUGAACCAGCAAAUAUGAUGGCCAAAUGUGAUCCAAGACAUGGCAAAUACAUGGCUUGUUCAAUGCUUUAUAGAGGAGAUGUUGUUCCUAAAGAUGUAAAUGCUGCUAUUGCCACAAUCAAAACUAAAAGAACUAUAUAAUUUGUUGAUUGGUGCCCAACUGGAUUUAAAGUUGGUAUCAAUUAUUAACCACCAACUGUGGUUCCGGGAGGAGAUUUAGCAAAAGUAAUGAGAGCAGUUUGUAUGAUAUCCAAUUCAACUGCAAUUGCGGAGGUGUUUUCUAGGUUAGAUCAUAAAUUUGAUCUUAUGUAUGCUAAAAGAGCAUUCGUUCAUUGGUAUGUUGGAGAAGGAAUGGAAGAAGGAGAAUUUUCAGAGGCUAGAGAAGAUUUAGCAGCUCUUGAAAAAGACUAUGAAGAAGUUGGGAUUGAGACAGCUGAAGGAGAGGGCGAAGAAUAAGAAGGAUGA